AUGGAAUAUUGGAAAUCUUACCGGACGCUGAAAUUUGCAAGGGAAAUCGUUCAGGGAACACCUGAGAGUGGGUUUGAACGCUUGCCUUCUUACUUAUACAUGAUAAUAAGGGAAAAUCCGAGUACAGUUGCGCGUCUUCAAAUCGAUGAGAAUGGAAAAUUCAUGUAUGUGUUUCUUGCGUUUGGUGCGAGCGUAAAUGGGUUUCCUUUCAUGCGCAAAGUUGUGGUUGUCGACGGUACGUUUCUUAACGGUAGAUACAAAGGGACGCUUCUCACAGCACUAGCUCAGGAUGGUAACUUUCAGAUUUUUCCAAUAGCCUUCACAGUGGUUGACACUGAAAAUGAUGAUUCCUGGCAUUGGUUUUUUACGAAACUAAAGCUUUUGAUUCCUGACGACGAGGGUCUUGCGAUAAUCUCGGAUAGGCAUAACUCGAUUGGAAAAGCAGAUACAAAUGUGUAUCCGCUUGCUUCUCGUGGAAUUUGCACGUACCAUCUAUAUAAGAAUAUACUGGGACGGUACAAAGGAAAAGAUGCAUUUCGUCUGGUGAAGAAAGCGGCGAGAUGUUUUAGGAUGUCUGACUUUACUCAGAUUUUCGAGGAGAUUGAAGCGAUUAAUCCAGCACUCCACGGCUACCUCCAAAGGGCUGAUGUCCGACUGUGGACGCGUGUUCAUUUCCCGGGCGAGAGGUACAAUUUGAUGACUACGAACAUAGCGGAAUCAAUGAACAGAGCUUUGUCGAUUGCUAGAGGUCUUAACAUUGUUCGGAUAUUAGAAUCGAUACGGGUUAUGAUGACCAGAUGGUUUGCUGAACGAAGAGAGGAUGCCAGAUCGCAGCGAACCACGCUUACUCGUGGUGUGGAGAAACUACUACAUGAUCGUGAAACUGCCGCCAGAGAUUUGGCGGUACAGAGGAUUGAUGAUCAUCACACUGAAGUUAAAUAUGGAUCUUCCGGCGAGUCUUUGCAUGUUGUUAAUUUGGUAGAGCGAAAGUGCACAUGUCACCGUUUCGAACUCGAGAAAUUACCAUGUGUACACGCAAUCGCAGCGGCGGAGUACAGGAAUGUUUCUCGUAUAUCUCUGUGCAGUCCUUACUAUACCAGCAAUUAUUUGGUUAGCGCAUACGCUGAAUCGGUCAUGCCGGUUGAUUCAGCGCAACCUGUUCCAGAACUCGUGGCUAACCAACGCUGCUUGCCCCCGACUGUACGUCAACCACCAGGCAGACCGAAGAAAAAUAGGAUGAAAUCUGCUUUAGAAGUUGCACUAUCAAACAAACGUCCUAGGAAAAAGCACACAUGUUCUCGAUGUAGACAGAGUGGUCAUAAUGCGAAAACUUGUCCGAUGUAA